AUGUCAACCAAUAUUGAUACAGAAAGUAGUGCUCACUUUGUGCUGGAUACUAACACUACUUAUCAGUGGGAUGAUAUUGAUAUCUUGCUGUCCUGCUUUUCAGGAUGUUCCCAUGUUGAACCUCAAAUAUGGUAUCGUGCAAUUAAUGGUGAGGAGUUUGUUCUACAAUGUGCUUUACCAGAUAGAGAUGCUACCAACAUUUAUAACAGCUCACUUCUAGACAAACAUAAGGUGAAAUGGUUCUGGCAUCAGAAAGACAAAGAGACAUUGAUGGCUAUCAAGGAAAGCUCAAAUCUGACUUUCCAAGGGGAUGCACUUUGGUUUAAACCAAUAAGGGACAGUGCUUCUGGAGUGUACAUCUGUAAGAUAUGGGGAAAAAUCCCAUGUCUCAAAAUUGUUUUGGAUGUUCAAACAAAGAAGGCAGCAAAAUGUUCAGGUUAUGACACAAGUAUACUAUAUCUGCUUGCUGGCAGUGGGAACUCAAUAACCUGUCCUGGGACAAAAUGUUACAGCCACAUAAAAAAGCCAGAUGUGAAAUGGUACAAGGAUGGUCACCAGAUAAAAUACAGGAAAAGCAGACCGAGUCUAAAGCUUAAGCAGAAUGAAAUCUACUUGAAUCCAACCUAUGACAAAGAUGCUGGAAUAUAUGUGUGUGAUUACACUCUGCCUGACAACAUUACCAAGUGGACAGUGAGAACAGCAGUAACAGUAGAAGUCACUGCAAAAAACACUAUUCAUCCACCAAACCUUUUGUAUCCUAACGGUGUUGUGAUCCUUGAAGUAGAAGUUGGCAAGCCACUUGAAUUGCAAUGCCGUGUACAGUUCGGGUUUGAAACAGUUUCUCCAGUGAGGGUAACAUGGAAACGAAACAAUGAAGAGAAUGUAAAUGAGAAAUUGAAUCAGGAAACAAGUGUCUGUUCAGAAGGUUUGAAGGGGCACACACUUCUUCAUGUUGCAACUUUGAAAGAAGUUACUGAAAAGGACCUCAGAAGCAACUUCACUUGCUUUGCUGAGAAUUCAGUGGGGAAUGCCACUGCUGUGAUCCAGCUGAAGAAAAAGCAGAGAGUGCUCUUCUUAUAUAUACUAUGCAGUGCCAUUUCUACUCUAUUUGCACUUGUUUUGUGCACUGCCUUUAUUUACCAGCACUGGAUUGAGAUAGUGCUGAUGUAUCGAAGUUAUCUGGUCCACAACAAAAGUACAGAAGAUGGCAAGGAAUUUGAUGCGUUUGUGUCCUAUGCAAAACUAAACUCUUCUGAAAGCGAAUCUGCUUUAAUUAGUGAGGAAAAAUUUGCCCUAGAGCUUCUUCCAGAUAUGCUAGAAAAUAAAUAUGGAUACAAGUUAUGUAUUCUUGAAAGAGAUAUUCUUCCGGGAGGAGCAUACACAGAUGACAUUGUAACAGCCAUUAAACAAAGCAGACGGGUAAUAAUUAUUUUGAGCCCAGCCUAUGUCAGUGGACCAAGCAUCUUUGAACUGCAGGCAGCGGUGAACUGUGCAUUGGAAGAUAAAGGCAUCAAACUGGUAUUAAUAAAGUUCCUAGAUUUCCAAGAGCCAGAGACUUUGCCUCCAGUAGUGAAGAAAGCACUUCGGAUUUUACCAGUCAUUACCUGGAAGUCCUCAAUUUCUGCUGCUCCGCACAAGAAGUUCUGGAAAUACAUGCGGUACUAUAUGCCAGUGAAAAGUACCAAGAGGCUGGAAAAUUGCAGCCUCAAGGGCUUAUCCCAAAGGUUAUUCAGACUGGUGUAUUGAUAGGGGAAAUUUCCCAGGAGAAUGACACCAGGCUUAGGAAUGGUAACAGGAUUGUCAAAGGCCUUUUCUGUAUCGUCUGACCGCUGUCAACUGUCACUACAGCCAGCAAUAGCUCGCUCU